GAAUAUUUCAGGGGCCUUCCCGCAAAAAGGCGCCCACCACUCGCUCCUCUCUUUUCCUCUCCUUCCCCUCCUCUCGCCGGAGACUACCUCGCCGUCGCCGGAGUCCCCCCGCCGAUCCGAUCCCGACAAGCCGGAGAUGCAUCCCUCCGGUGAGUACUCCCCUUACUACCAGCCCUACCCCUCGCCCACCUCCGCGCCGCUCGCCACCUACCCCUCCGCCUCCGCGCCGCCCUACACGCCGUACCCCGCCACCGACUACGCCGCCCCCGCCGCGUACCCCACCUACCCGCCGCCGCCCGCCGAUCCCCCCCAGUACGCGCCUCCCCCGGCCGCGCCGCAGCCGCAGCCGUACUACCCCUACGAGCCGCCCCCGCACAACCCGGCUCCCUCGCCUUACCCGUCGCUAGAUCGGGCAGGAAGCUACGGCUACGGAUCCGGAUCCCAGGAGCUGUACCCGCCCAAGCCUGCCGGGGGCGGGUGGUCGGAUGACGGGGUGUACGCGUACAGCGGCGGCGGCGGCGACGCGCCGGAGCCGUACGGCGCGAGGGGCACCGCGCCGAGGUCGAAUUCCCCGCUGUUUGAUGACUACGGGAGGUCGAUUGGUUCGACCAAGGAGAGAGGUGGCGGUGGUGGUGGCGGUGGAGGCAGUUCGGCGAGCCCCAAGGUGGUGCGGGCAGUGCCCAAGGUGGAGACGUCGGAGGACACGAGUGGUGGUGUGCAGAAGUUCCGGGUGAAGCUGCUGCCGGAGGGCGCGGGCAGCCCCAUGGAUGUGCUCUGCCAGGUUGGUUUGGAUGGGAUUCGGAUGCUUGAUCCCAAUACUAGUAGGACAUUGAGAAUAUACCCCCUUGAAACUGUAACUAGAUGGGAUGUAUUAGAUUCUUCUAUCUUUGCCUUUUGGUCUAAGAGCUCAGUUGAUUUUGAAGCAAGAAGAAUAAGGCUGAAGUCAAACAGCUAUACAACCAACACCAUUCUUGACACUGUGACAGCCGCGAGUGUGCAGUUCAAGGAAAUGGGCGGAAGUAGCAUUUCGAGAAGUAGAGCAAUUGCUGAUGCUGCCAAACCUCCUGAACAACAAAAUGAUAGGAGGAAAAAUUUCCUUGAUUGGAGGAACUUAAUGAAGCCCAUGAACGAGGAGAAAGACCACUGGGUCCCAGAUGAAGCCGUCACUAAAUGCACAGCAUGUACAGCAGAUUUCAGUGCUUUCAAUCGCAGGCAUCACUGUCGAAAUUGUGGUGAUAUUUUCUGCGACAAGUGCACCCAGGGAAGAACUCCUUUAACUACUGAUGCUGAUGCUCAACCAGUGCGAGUUUGUGACAGAUGCAUGGCUGAAGUUUCUCAAAGACUGAACAAUGCAAGGGAAGCGGCAAAUCGGCCUAUUGUUCACAGCCAUGAGGAUCUUGCCAAAAAACUUAAGGAUGCAAUGGAUAUAAAUAAGAAGUCAUCUUCAGCCUCGUCAAGGUCUACGGAUGGUUCUAGCAGGCGAAUGAGGGAGGUUGCAUGCCCCACCUGCACAGUCCACCUUCAGGUGCAAGUCCCAACAUCUGGUUCAGAGACCAUAGAAUGUGGUGUCUGCCAGCAACCUUUCCUCGUCAGUGCUCGAUGAAUUCCAUCAUCACGCAGGCUCUACAUUGAUCCACAAAGAAAAAGAUUCUGUUGCUGUCAAGGUUGCUGCUUCGGUCAUUCAUUGUCUUGAUGGGGUCCGUUGCUCCUCUGUAUAUGAUGAUGAUCUAAUUUAGUACAAUCAUAUUCAGAAGUAAGGAAGAGGCGAAUAAAGAAGAGUGUUAGUGUUUGUUUACCAUGUUUGACGUUUAGCCUGUUCUUGUCUGAACUUUUCCUUGUGUACAUUGCGGAUAUAUUGCUUCGAGUUCCAUGUGACAUGGUGUAAUUUACUGCUGGUAUACUGCAUUUUGAUCCAUCGAAAUCAUUCUGUUUAGUUAUGCACAGUUUAUUCCAA